GGGGAAGCAUCUUUGGGGGGGACGACACAAGUUUGAUCAUCGGAAAUUCAACGCUCAGUUGCGGAUCGUCACGGGGUUAAUAUAAGGUCGGCGACUGUCAUUUGGUUGUGGCUUAGCUCUAGGCUACCAGAUAAAAUAUCAUCGCUGAUGCGUAAAAUGGGGGAGGUGGUUGGGUGGGACGACUACAGUUCCCAGAAUCCCGCGUGUAACGGUGUAUGUGCGUGGGUUGGAUUUUGGCCGGCCAUCAAAACACCGGGAAGGAGGAGGAGGAGGACUACACGUCCCGGCAGUCAGAUGGCUCCUUGGACGCUCCCGAGCCAGCCGAUCUGGCGGCUGAGAUUGCGCGGUCGGCCAUGGAGGAGGCGCGGAUCUCCGCGGCGGGGCUGACGGAGGAAUCGCCCUGAAGAGGGUCGAAGCGGUGGGAAGCCCCUCCCGGUGCGGGGAGGGGGGAAGCCGCCGUGGUGCUGUAGGUUUGAUGCAGAGGUUGGUGUCAUUUAAAGAUGUGGCCGUAUAUUUCACCGAGAGCCAGGGGGCUCUACUGGAUCCCACCCAGAGAGCCUUAUACAGAGAAGUCAUGGUGGAGAAUUACGAAAAUGUGGCCUCCUUAGGGUUUCCUGUGCCGAAGCCAAAUCUCAUCUCUCGUCUGGAACGAGGAGAACCACCUUGGUUGUUAGAUUCUCAAGGGUUGGAUGCCAACAGCUCAGGGGCAUUGAGGAAAAAGAAUUCCUGUCGUAAGUGUGGGAAAUGCUUCGUUCAGAAAUUGGAUCUUGCUAUGCACCGACUGGUUCACAAGGGAGAGAAACCUUUUAAAUGCCUAGAAUGCUCCAAAUAUUUUGUUCAUCACUCAGAGCUCGUGAAACACCAGCGCGUCCACACAGGAGAGAGACCCUUUAAAUGCUUCGAGUGUGGAAAGGGUUUUUCGCGGCAGUCCGUGCUUGCCAACCAUCACCGGAUCCACACAGGAGAAAAACCUUACGAGUGCCUGGAGUGUGCAAAACGUUUUGCUCAGAGGUCACAACUCAUCCGACACCAAAGGGUCCACACGGGAGAGAAACCUUAUAAAUGUCUGGAGUGCGGGAAGUGUUUUGCCCGUCACUCGGUUCUCAUCAAUCACCAGAGAGUCCACACUGGAGAAAAACCGUACAAAUGCUUACAGUGUACCAAAUGUUUUGCCCGUCAGUCUGUCCUGGUGAGCCAUCAAAGAGUCCACACUGGAGAGAAGCCCUACAUGUGUCAGGAGUGCGGCAAACGCUUUGCUCAUCAGUCAAACCUUGUCAACCACCAGAGAAUUCACACGGGGGAGAAACCUUAUAAAUGCUUGAACUGUGGGAAAGGUUUCGCCCAACAAUCCGAUCUCGUGAAACACAGGAGAAUCCACACAGGGGAGAAGCCUUACAAAUGCCCACACUGUGGGAAGUCUUUCGCGAUCCAUUCAGAGGUCGUGACUCACCAGAGGGUCCACACAGGGGAGAAGCCCCACAAAUGCCCGUGUGGGAAGUGUUUUGCUCAGCGUUCGGCUCUCGUGAGUCACCAACGUGUCCACACGGGAGAAAAACCGUACAAGUGCCUGGCGUGUAAGAGAUGUUUCGCUCAGCUCUCCAAUCUUGUGAAACACCAGCGGAUCCACACAGGAGAGAAACCCUAUGAAUGCUUAGAGUGUGGGAAAUGUUUUAGGCGGCGUUCCCAUCUCAAGGUCCACCAUGGAGGCAGGGUUGUCGAUGGGCACCACCACCACGUGUGUCUGGAAUGCGGGAAGUGUUUUGCUCACGCGUUGGGCCUUUUGAGCCACCAGAAGGUUCACCUCCAAGAGAGACAACACAAAUGUUUGCAGUGCGGGGAACAUUUUGCUGACCACCCGGCCUUCGUGAGGCACCAGAGAACCCACACAGGCAAAAAACCCUACAAGUGCCUCCAGUGUGGGAAGUGUUUCGCAGACAGGUCCCACGUGGUGGCUCACCAGAGGAUUCACAGAGGGAUGAACCCAUUCAAAUGCUCCGAGUGUGGGGAGUGUUUUGACCAGCACUCGACCCUCGUGAGUCACUGGAUGGUCCACACAGGAGAACAACCCUAUGAGUGCCUGGAGUGCGGCAAAUGUUUUCCUCGGCCCUCGUCUCUCGUGAAGCACUGCCGCAUCCACACAGCCGAGAAACCUUACACCUGCUUGGAGUGUGGGAAAUUCUUUGCCCAGCGGUCAGGUCUGGUCAAGCAUCAGCGCAUCCACACGGGAGAGAAGCCAUAUGCAUGCUCCGAGUGUGGGAAAUGCUUUGCAGACAGUUCCUCCCUCGCCAGGCACAAAAGGGUUCACACGGGAGAGAAGCCCUACAUGUGUUCCGAGUGCGGGAAACGUUUUUCAGACCGAUCCAACGUCUUGGCUCACAAGAGAGUCCACACGGGAGAGAAACCUUACAAAUGCCUGGAGUGCGGGAAGUGCUUCACUCACCGGUCGCACAUCGUGAAACACCAGAAAUUCCACAUGAAGGAGAAAAGUCUCAAAAUACCAGCUGCUCCUGGGAAAAACCACACGAACGUCACUGCAUUCUAAAACAGUCAAACAUGAACUACUCUGAACCUUCUGAAGGACAGAAUUAUGUUUCCUUAACAGGGGUUUGGUAUCGAUUGCUCAUAACCAGGGAUACAAAAUUAUAGUUUUGUAAUAUCUCUGGUGUUUAACAUCUGUGGCCCACCCGUUAUUCUGCGUUUUAGAGGAUUUGGGGAUAGUUUUUAAGGGGCAGAAUGGAUGCCUUAAUUUUUGCAGAGGCUGUAUUCUUUCGACUAAAACCUUUGCUAUAAUGCAAAUAAAUAAAAAAUAAAAUCAGUGCUGGCUUUUCUGCAUCAUAAAGUUAUAUUUAAUUUCCAUUGAAAGCCCUUAGAUUUGACAAAAUA